AUGCGCCGCCUGGAGGCCCGCCACCGCCGCGGCGCGGCCGACUUUGCGGCGGCGAUGGGCGCGCUGCAGGCGGCGCACGCGGCGGCGCCGUUUUCGCCUCAGGGGGACGUGGGCGAUCUGGAGGAUGGCGCCGUCUACCUCGAAUCGAUCGACGCGGACCAUCGGAGGCACUACGCGCGCAAGGGGCGCGCCCCUGCGCCCGCCGCGGCCUGA